UUCCCCGGGCCAUUUUUGAAACACCAAAACAAACCCACAACAGGAAAAAAAAAAGUGUAUUUGGAAAAAUAUUUGAUUUUGAACAAGAUCAUUAGAUUUCAAAGCCGUAUAAAGUUUUUGUUUCUUGAAUUCCAUGGUCGAUUAGAUUGAUCUUCCAAUUGUCAAAGCAACACAGUUUUGUUGGCAUAUAUGCACGAGGAAUUGGAUCAGUUAAAAAUUCAUCUUGUGGAAUGUGAAUUCUGCAGUUGGUAGCCUAGGACAGCAGUUGUUAUAUGCAAGUGUUAAAAUGUUUGGGUUCAGCAUAAGAACAAGGCAGAAUAAUGUAUCUGCAUCUCCAAGAACAACAGACUCACCAAGGGUCACUGCUGGUUCACCAGCCUCUGCUGGUUCACCAAGACAUAUGGGCACCCCAGGGACCAAAGGCUCCCCUAAACAAGUUGAGGUUGGGGAGAUUGACACAAGUGCUCCUUUUCAAUCCGUCAAAGCUGCUGUUAGUUUAUUUCGUGAAGCCGGUGCUUCCCCUAUGUCACAGCCUGCCACAAUCAAGAAAUCUGCAAAAACUCUCGAAGAGCGAGUUUUGGUGAAGGAAACUCAGCUUCACUUGAUAAUGAAAGAGCUGGACGGGUUGAAAGAGCAGCUUAGAAACACAGAAGCCACAAAACUGCAAGCUCUUCGGGACCUAGAAAAGGCCAAGAGAACGCUCCACGAUCUCACCAGCAAACUAGAAACCGUCUGCGAGGCAAAGCAGGCUGCCAUCGAGUCAACGGAAGCCGCUAAAGUUAAAGCGAAAGAGCUCGAAAUGCAGAAAUCUAGCAAACCUGCUGCCAUCUCUGGAGACGAUGCCUGGAAACUUCAUGUCGACAGCGAGAGAGAACAGUACAAGGCCUCAGCCGGGGAACUCAACUAUGCCAAACAAGAGCUGGCCAAUCUAAGACAAGACUUUGACGCGGUUUUGGAAGCUAAACUCUCGGCAUUCCAAGAAGCCGCUGACGCUCACCACUUAACUGCGGUCAACCGGGAGAGGGCGAACGAGUUUGCAAAAGAGGUCUCAGCUCUGCGUGAAACGUUAGCUCAGGUGAAACUCGCUCCUCUCCAGGCCCAAGAAGAGAACGCAAAGUUAAACGCAGAGAAAGAAUCCCACCUGCAUAGUCUGAAAAUGGCCAAGGAAGAGGCAGACAGGAAACUGAGCAUCCUGAGAGAAGAAGCAGAUCCUGCAGUGAACAAAAGUCUGGCAGAGAAGCUUGAAGAAACAAACGCCAUGAUCGAGGUUCUCCGAGAACAGCUAAACAACGUCAAGGUUUCAGACAACACAGCAUGGAGAGAAGUGAGCGCCGAGAAGGAGAAUGCUGAGAGAGCUUUGCAAGAGAUUCGUGCAGAGGAAGAAUCUUUAAAGAGUCUUGUGGAUUCUCUCAGGGAAGAGCUGGAAAACGUGAAUAAGCUCCGGGCUGAGUUGAGAAACAAGGCGGAGGAAACAGAUUCUCUGGCGGAGAGAUUGCGGGUGGAGCUUGACAGAAACAAGAAGGAGCUUGAAGCAACUAUCGCAGGAAUUACAAAGCAAGAGGAGGAAAUAAAUGCAAAAAUCCAAGAACUGUCCUUAGAGGCAGACCGGGCAACUAGGGAAGCCGAGGAUAUGAAAAAGAGCGCAGACAUUUUCAAACAGGAAGCGGAAGCUGCCCGAAUCGCGACUCGGGCAGCAGAAGAGAAGCUGGAGGUUGCUCUAAAAGAAGCAGAGGAAGCAAAAGCAGCACAGAGAGUCGCAGACUAUAAAAUCCACAAUGCAUCAAGAAAGUUUACCGCCUGUAAUGGAGAAGAAGAUCAGGCUGCUGCUGCUAAUAUAUCAGAGCCUCCAAAUGGAGGGAUCAAGCUGUCAAAUGAGGAAUACCAAUCUCUGUGCCACAAAGUAGAAAAGCUUAAAACCGAGGCCGAUAUAAAGGUGGCAACGGUAAUGGCCCAAGUGGAGAGCAUCAAUAGGAGCGAGAAGGACUUGGUGAAGAAAGUGGAAGAGAGGAUGAGGGAGGCUGAGGAGGUGGAAGCUGCAACCAGAGAUGCAGUGAAGAGGGCAGAAGUAGAUGAGGCUGCCAAACUAGUCGUUGAAGGGGAGUUGCUCAGGUGGCGUCAUGAAGAGGGUAAUAAUCUCGUAGCAGAGGAGACUCUGAUUGAAGGACGUUAAAAAAUCAAAAUCAUAGAGAUAUCUAUUACUGUACAGUAUCUUUCUGUCGUGCAUAGUUAGUUUAGCAUACCUGUUUGUAUGAACACAACCAUUCCUGCUACAUAAUACAUUAAGGACAUUUAAUAGCGUCA